CCGCAAGCAAAAAGAAUGCUUUUCAUUUUUUACUGAUAUCGUAGAAAAAUCAUGUCCGCGUUAUACACAAUUUCAGUUUUGUUCGCAGUAGCAGUUUUUAAAUCUCAAUGUCAAUCAUCGUGCGACUUGAAUUCAUGUCGAUUACAAGUGGUUUGUGACAGUGAUGGCACAGGGCAUACUAGGAACUCAGAAAAAUGUCCACAGACCGCCUACAAUUUUCCUGGGGGUAAACAAACAACAGAUUUUAUUCGCGUCAAGUCUCCAAUACCACAGAUGCGUGAAUUCUCUAUAUGUGCAUGGAUGACACCGAAAUCUGGUUCGAACGUGAAGGGUGCUUUUGUGAGUUACUCCACACCGAGAAUGGACAAUGCGUUUCUGGUGUUUUUUGAGGACGGUAAUAAAUUGACCUUGUGGUACAAUCAAGUCAAUAGUGGGGAUACUACCGAUUUCCGGAUGACGACUAGAACGCAUUUUUGCAUAAGUUUGGAAACAUUUCUUGGAACAGCAAAGAUCUAUGUCAACGGAGCACUUUUUCAAACACGUACAUUUGCCAACCAACGAAACGAAAUAGAAGGUGGAGGUGCUUUCAUAAUAGGACAAGAACAAGAUAGUUAUGUGGGCGGCUUUGAUGGCAGCCAGUCGUUCGCUGGAGUGAUUGAAAAUUUUAUGAUGUGGAAUCGAGCUCUCAGUCCAGAAGAGAUAACAACCUUGUAUCAGGGCCGAUGUUUGUGUCCAAAAUACCACAUGUUGCAUCUAGCACUUCAUGAAAUUCAAGUGUAUGGAAAGGUGACCGCACAGGAAGUAGAUGGUUGUCAUUGAUCUAAGCCUAAACAGACAGCAACGCCAUACGUUACAAAUUGAGACCGGUGUUUAAUUCGAUUCAACAACAUUCAUUCUAAGCUUAAAUAGUGUUUAACAUUUCUGUGCAUAACAUUAAAUGUUAUUUUGUAAAAUAUAAUGUAAUUAGAUUCCGGGUGGACAGUUUAAAUUCAUCCUCGAACCAACAUUUUUGAACACGAAUAAAACUCAUUUGAAAAUUUUAUUUUUAUUAUUAUUUGUGGACAUCAUUUUUUGAGCAAGAUUUGGACAUGUAGACUGUCCUAAAAAAAACUUUGUUGAUAGGUA